UCACACAACAAAGUUCAAUCUGCACAACUUAGGAGUAUCCGUCCUAUCCAGUCUGUCUAGACAUGUCUGGUGUAGAUGGAUGGCUCUUCCCCAUUGUGGAUGAGCCACCGGUGGUGGGUAGGAGGGGUGGCGGUGGCGGCUUCGACUCGAAAACCGGAAUCUAUCACUCCCUCCUCCAACUAGAUGAACACAGCAAAAUCCCUACUAGUCCUGACCUUGACACAGCCACCUUUGUGCUGUCUCAGUUCCCCAACAUUUCCAUGGCUGAAUCCCGGGUUGCGCUUGUUGAUUCCGCAACGAAGCAGAGCGUGACAUACGCUCAGAUUCAGCGCUCCAUUGCCUUGCUAGCCACGGGGCUGCACCAUGGGCUUGGGGUUAGGAAAGGCGAUGUGGUUUUUGUGCUGUCACCCAACUCCCUGUUGUACCCGGUUAUAUGCCUUGCGGUGCUCAAGGUUGGCGCCGUUCUCUCGACAUCCAACCCGCUCAACACCCCGGCGGAAAUUGCUAAACAGGUUAGUAUCUCGGGUGCGAAGCUGGCUAUUGCUGCACCGGAAGAAGUGCACAAGUUAGUACCUACUGGGGUGCCUACCCUUUACACUACGCGCCCCAAAGAUGACAACGCUAAUGCGUUAUCCAUAGAAGAGUUGAUUGAGAACUGCGAGCCUCAGGAUCUGCCUGAGUGUCGCCCGUCUCAAUCAGACACGGCAGCAAUACUAUACUCUUCGGGUACUACAGGGGUUAGUAAAGGUGUGGUGCUAACUCACGCGAAUCUGGUAGCUGUUAUGACUCUGCUAAAGUGGUACGUGGUUUCAACGUCCUCUCAAGACGACGUCUUCUUGUGCUUUGUACCCAUGUUUCACAUCUAUGGGCUAGCGUUUUUUGGGCUGGGGUUGUUCUGUUUGGGUACCACUACGGUCUUGAUGCAAAAAUUCGACUUCCAGGCCAUGCUGGAAGCGAUUCAGACUCACAAGGUAAACCACAUCCCAGCGGUUCCUCCCGUGAUUCUUGGGCUAGUGAAGUAUAACAGAGGUGGUUACGACCUGUCCUCGUUGCGAAGGGUUGGGUCAGGGGCUGCGCCCCUGAGCAAAGAGGUGGCUGAUGGGUUCAGAAAGAAGUUUCCGUGGGUGGAGCUAAGGCCAGGGUAUGGUUUAACUGAGAGCAGCGGGGCAGCUACAUUUUUCAGUUCUAGUCAAGAGGCUAAUGCACGUCCAGCCUCAUCGGGGCUGUUGUUUCCGUGCAUGAGUGCUAAAGUAGUGGAUACAGAGACAGGAGAGGCAUUGGCACCAUUGAAACAAGGGGAGUUGUGGCUGAGAGGCCCUAAUAUAAUGAAUGAGUAUAUAGGAAACCAGGAGGCAACGGCUAACACACUCGACUCAGAUGGGUGGCUGAAAACUGGAGAUCUUGGUUAUUUCGAUGAAGAUGGAUAUCUCUACAUAGUUGAUCGUAUAAAAGAACUCAUCAAGCACAAUGGUUAUCAGGUGGCUCCCGCAGAGCUGGAAGCAGUUCUAUUGACUCAUGCCAAUAUACUCGAUGCAGCAGUUGUACCACUAGAAGAUGAGGAAGCGGGAGAAAUACCUGUGGCAUAUGUGGUAAGAGCUUCUGGCAGUGAACUCACGGAGGAGCAGGUCAUUCAAUUUGUUGCAAGCCAGGUAGCUCCAUACAAGAAAGUUAGAAGAGUGAAUUUUAUCAGCCAGAUACCCAGAUCAACUGCAGGCAAAAUUUUGAGGAAGGAAUUAGUGUCACAAAGCAAGCAAUCAGUCCCCUCCAAAUUAUAGAGUUAUUGUGCAAAAUCAGGAUCUGCUUGUACCCAGACUGUAACUUGAUCCGACAACUCUUACAAUUAUCAGAAUAAAUCAUGAGCAAGAAUCUAGAAAUCUAGAAAUAGAAGUAAUUUCUUUGGAACCUAUUGUAAUGAGCUUGGCAUCAUUUAUUCUAUCUUUCUAUCAUGUACAACAUAAAGCAAACACAAAGUUCUGCAAAUCCAAUGAAGAACUUAAUUACCAUUA